AGGCAAGUGAGGGCAGCAGGAAAGAAGCUGAAGCCUCUCGCGCCAUGACUAGUACUGGCAUAUUUGGCGGCUUCUAGAGUGCCGCUUUUCAUGGUUCCAUCUGUGGCUCCCACCGUUCCAGUUCAAAACCAGCUCUUCCAGAAUUCUUGCCCUUUUCUGACUCCCCCAAGUUUGGGAAGACCGAAGGCGAAAACAGGACCCGGAAGUCUGGGGGGGGCAACUUCUAACCACGUGAUGGGAGAGGCACUGACACUGACACGUGACCCUCCAACCUGCUACUUUACCUUGUGGAGAGCUCAGUUGCUCUUAAAGCAGACAGCCGGACCUGGGACUGACCCCGGGGCGUUGAUCCUUCACACCCACCUGUCCCAGACCCUUAUUGAAGCCAACUCUGAACACACGCUGACUCUGGGCCCUUUGGAGGACCCGAACUCGAUGCUAUGGGAAGCUCUGCGGGCUCGUGGAGGCGCCUUGAGGAUUCCGAGAGGGAAGAGACCGACUCAGAGCCCCAAGCCCCUCCUCCGUUGGAUGGCCAGAGUGCCCAGUGGAAGAAUGCGGUGGGCUUCUGGAUCCUGGGUCUUUGCAACAAUUUCUCCUAUGUGGUGAUGCUGAGCGCUGCCCAUGACAUCCUUAAGCAAGAGCAGGCAUCUGGGAACCAGAGUCAUGUGGAGCCAGGCCCAACACCCACGCCUAACAGUUCAUCUCGAUUUGACUGCAACUCCAUCUCCACAGCUGCGGUGCUUCUGGCAGACAUCCUUCCCACCCUUAUCAUCAAACUCCUGGCUCCUCUUGGCCUUCAUUUGCUGCCCUACAGUCCCCGGGUCCUUGUCAGUGGAGUUUGUUCUGCUGGAAGCUUUAUCCUGGUUGCCUUUUCUCACUCAGUGGGGUUAAGCCUGUGUGGAGUGGUUUUGGCCAGCAUCUCAUCAGGUCUAGGAGAGGUCACCUUCCUCUCACUCACUGCCUCCUACCCCAGCGCUGUGAUCUCCUGGUGGUCCUCAGGUACUGGGGGUGCAGGGCUUUUUGGAUCGCUGUCUUACCUGGGGUUCACCCAGGCUGGCCUUUCCCCUCAGCACACCCUGCUUUCUAUGUUGGGAAUCCCUGUUCUGCUGCUGGCCAGCUAUUUCUUGUUGCUCACAUCUCCUGAACCCCAGGACCCUGGAGGGGAAGACGAAGCAGAGACUGCUGCCCGGCAGCCACUCAUAAGCACUGAGACCCCAGAGUCAAAGCCAGGAUCCAGCUGGGACCUAUCGUUCCAAGAAAGGUGGACAGUGUUCAAGGGCCUCUUGCGAUAUAUCAUCCCCUUGGUGCUGGUAUACUUUGCCGAGUAUUUCAUCAACCAGGGACUUUUUGAGCUCCUCUUUUUCCGGAACACAUCCCUGAGUCACGCUCAGCAGUACCGAUGGUACCAGAUGCUAUACCAGGCUGGCGUGUUCGUUUCCCGCUCUUCUCUCCACUGCUGCCGAAUCCGUUUCACCUGGGUCCUAGCCCUGCUGCAGUGCCUCAACCUGGCCUUCCUACUGGCAGACGUAUAUUUGAGCUUCCUGCCCAGCAUCUAUCUUAUUUUCAUCAUCAUUCUGUAUGAAGGGUUCCUGGGCGGAGCUGCCUAUGUGAAUACCUUCCACAACAUUGCACUGGAGACCAGUGACAAACACCGAGAGUUUGCCAUGGAGGCUGCCUGUAUCUCUGACACCUUGGGAAUCUCCAUGUCAGGGGUCCUGGCCUUACCUCUGCAUGACUUCCUCUGCCAUCUCCCUUGACAUGGGUUGCUCAGGAUACACUGACUUGCAGGCAGAUGAGCUCACAUCUGUAAGCUCUGCUACAGACCUUCCUAGCUAGGCUGGGGAGUGGAAAGAGCUACUGUCCUGCCCUACUUCAGCAAGAAGCCUCCAUUGUUUCCCACUCCUGAGCUGGUCUCUGGGAGUUUUCCCUCAGCCUUAUGCUCUUCUAAUAAAUGCUUAUUUUAUUAAUUUA